AGGAGCUCGACGCUGAGGGCGGUGGGGGAGAGGGGGUCCCGGGGACGCUGGGCUGCGGGCGCCUCAGCGAUGUUUUACUCAGGGCUACUCACCGAGGGCGGCCGCAAGGAGACGGACAUGCGGGAGGCGGCGUCGCUGCGGCAGCAGCGCCGAAUGAAGCAAGCCGUGCAGUUCAUCCACAAGGACUCGGCCGACCUGCUGCCCCUGGACGGCCUCAAGAAGCUGGGCUCUUCCAAGGACACGCAACCUCAUAACAUUCUGCAGAGGCGCCUCAUGGAAACCAACCUGUCUAAGCUCCGAAGCAGUCGUAUCCCUUGGGCCUCCAAGACCAACAAACUCAAUCAGGCUAAGUCUGAGGGACUAAAGAAGUCUGAGGAUGAGGACAUGAUUUUGGUUUCUUGCCAGUGUGCUGGAAAGGAUGUGAAAGCCUUGGUUGACACAGGCUGUCAAUAUAAUCUCAUCUCUUCAGCCUGUGUGGAUAGACUGGGACUCAAGGAGCAUGUUAAAUCUCACAAGCAUGAAGGAGAGAAGCUUUCUCUACCCCGGCAUCUGAAAGUCGUGGGCCAGAUUGAGCACCUGGUGAUCACACUGGGCUCCCUCCGCCUGGACUGCCCAGCAGCUGUGGUUGAGGACAAUGAGAAAAACUUGUCCCUUGGUCUCCAGACUCUCCGAUCCCUGAAGUGCAUCAUAAACUUGGAUAAGCACCGGCUGAUCAUGGGGAAGACAGACAAGGAAGAAAUCCCUUUUGUGGAGACAAUGUCCUUGAAUGAAGACAACACUUCAGAAGCAUAACUUCUGCACACACACCGGGUUGACAGAUUGAGAAAACUGGGUUUGAACCAAAUGCAGUAGCAACUUGCUGUGGACCAAGUCCUUCCCUUUAAUAGAAGCUCCAGGGGCUCCUUCCCACCCAGACCUCUCUAGACUUUAGUCUGUGCUUAGAGAUUUUAUCUGGUUAUAGCCAUUGUUUUUUACUCCUUCAAUCACUUAAUUUAUAGACCUUUUUGACACUGCCAGGUCUCACUAAUGGCCUAUUUCUCUGCUUCUUCCAGGAAUUUGCUUUUAUUAGUCAAGUUUAGGGGCUGCCAGGUUCUAUUUCUUCCUAGAUACACUUGCUUCUUUUCCUAUAGCUAAAAUGUAUAAUAAACAAGAACCCGACCUUUACCUUCCUUCAGCUGUUUCAAAGGGGUGCGGGAUACCCAUGUCUCAGAAUUAGAGUUUCUUCUAAUUCAUUCAUUGAUUUAUCAAGUAUGAAUUGAUCUGAAAGAACCCAGAGAGAUUAUCUAGUCCAGCCCUUUCAUUUAAAUGUCCAGAGAGGCAAGUGAAUUGCAUAAGCUUCUAUACUAAGUCAGAGGAAAAAGAGACCCAGAACUCAGACCUGACAAGCCAAGGCUAUGUUCAUUCUCUCCUGGUGCUUCAUUUGUCUUCAAGCCAUUAAAGGAGGACAAAGAGGGGAGGGUUUGUGAAAACACAGGGUAGGGGAAGAAUAUGCUUUGGGGAUGGAUGCUAGGAGGAUCUGAGUAGCCCUGUUUCCUGUUUGCUAAGCCCACUAAAAGUCCCCUGCCUCAAAUUGUCACAUUUAGGCCCUUUCUCGGUGCCUUGAAGCCGAGAGUGCAAAGAUGAGUGAGUUGGUUUCUCACCUUAAACUUCUUGGAGGUGAGGAGGGGGAAGGAACCACAGACAGAAGAACAUUAAUCACUCUCUGAGAUGGAAGUAAAGGUUUCAGUGAGUAAUCUGGGCAUCAUUGUCAGACAUUGAUACCCCCAAGAUCCAGUCAGUAUUUCUGCCUAUCUUGUUUGUCUGCCACAGAUUCAAGUAGCUGGGAACAGGAGUAAGGAAAGGAGUUGAAAAAACCCAGAGCAGGUCCAGAAUAAAAGGGAGUCCUGGGUAGAAUCAGUUGGUGGGAAGGCGUACCUAGGGAAGCCUUUCUGGGAUGGAGGUCAGGAAUGAAACUUGCAGACAGGAAACUGAGGGUUGGGAAACUCUUCAGUUCUGUACUUGUGCAAGGAAAGAGGCAGGGCAGGAGCUGGCAGUGUUAAAGAUGACUUUUUCUGACUGCCCAGGAUUUCCUGACCCAUCUCAAAGGGUUGGAGGUCACAGGAGUUUCUUGAAUUGGGGUGUCAGUUUGGGCCGAUACCUGUAAUGGAAUCUCCCCUUCAAUUUGGCCUUAGAAGUCAGAAAAAUAGCCAGCUGUGGGUAUCCCUUUAAGAGAUUCCCAGGUCCACCCUUGGUUCAUAGCAGUAGUUCCCAGAGUAUUUAAUGGAUCCCACUUUGAAUUUUGUCAGGUCCCACCAACAAUCUCAUCGAGUGUUCAGCUACUGUCCCUACCAUACAACUCUUUGGAACUCUGAAUGUUUUUAGCCUUACAGAAGCUCCCUAAAGACUAGGAACUUGGUGACCCCCAUUUGAACAGCUAGGCAGCCACGCUGCAGCCAGUUGUCACUGGGUCAUCCCCAGGCCCCCUUCUUGUCAACCUCUAUAGAGGAAGCAAGAUGGAAAACUAAGCACAGCCACAGUGUGGGGAGGCCACAUCUGAAGCUCAGCAGGCCUGAUCCCAGGUUACCAGCCUUCAGUGCCCCCUCCAACUUCACCCCAUUUUCUUACCCAGGGGGGACCUGCACCUUUCCAUUGAGGCCUUUCCACUUUCCUCCCCUACCUAUCAUAGCACCACUUUGGCCUGCUUCUUAUCCUAGGACUGAGUUGAAAUACUUCACAGCUUCCUUCCCUAGUUGAAAGUUCCACGCCAAGCCUUGACUCUUGGCCACAAGGGAAGUGUGUUGGAAGUUCCUUGGCUUGGUUUAUCCUUAUUUGGAUUCCCUGUGGACCAAGUGAGGCCAGGAAUUCUCAGGUGCUAGAAAGAUACGACUGAUUCUGGCCCUUUGAGUUCAGGAUUAUAUGGCAUCAAGAGAAUGAUCAGAUGGCCUUUAGUGAUCUUUCUGGCCUCUGAGAAUCAGUAAAUUUCUAAUUUUGGAAUAGAAACAAUUGGGGCGAUCUGAGCUUAAGGCAUCACAAUUUCACUAAAUGUAGUCAAAUCAUUUGAAUUCACUAACCAAAUAAUUGUGCGUUAAACCUCAGGCUUGAUAGAGGUACCUAAAAAUGUCUGAAGACAAUUAUGGGAAGUCUUGAGCUUCAUUAAUCUUUAAAUACUGCCAAGUUGAUUACUCUGAUAGCCCCUAUCUCCUUGAUAUUCAUGAGGGAGCACUGGGUCUACUUUUCCGGGGCUGGCAAGGUAAACAGGUAAGGUCAGUUCUUCCCAGAAUCCAAGAAAAUUCUCUCUGGCACCUCUGAUUGAGGUGGGAAGAGAGUGUCUACCCAGGUCACAGUUCCAAGGACAGGCAGUAGCAAGAAGUAAACCUGUAGAACUGGUACCUCUUUCAUUCCUUAUUAGAUGUCCAUCUCAAAUACAGGGAGUUUGAAAAAUAUUGUUUUCGUCAAUUGGUAUUUCUAUGCGUGACUUAUUUGAGGAACAAGUGUUUUCUGACUUUUCUAUUUCCUUGCCCUGCACAGACUCCACUUGGUAAGAUUUUCUAUUCUUUAGUUCCAAGUGUCUAUAGAAUGGAUUGCUUGGUAUGUCAGAGGCCCUCACUCUUGUAUAUUAGAAGUAUCUUUCCAGGCUGGGGACAUGGAGGAGGUGAACUGGAUUCCUCCCUCCUUCUGUUGCCAGGCCUCUGCAUUGGCACUUUAUCUGCUCAGUGUUUCUGGCUGUGUUGGGUUUAUUUGUGAGAUUGAUGUAACAAUAAAGUGAAAUCUUCCCCUCUGUG